GUGGUGUCUACCUGAAGAACAUUGCACUUUAAGAGGAAAGAUGCUGUCUCUAAAUGAUAAAAAGUUAGAAAAGCUAGAUCCUUUUUACCGACCUUCAGUGUCCGAGCAGAAGACUAGUGCAGAAAUCAUAAGUGAAGCACGAAAUGCCUUAAGAACUGUUAGGACCCAAAGACCAUUUACACCACGGGAAGACCAGAGAAAACUAUUUGGACGUGCAUCUUCAAGAACACCAGAAAAUAGACCCCGGUCUUCCUUCAGCAUCCAUGCAUCCAGUUUUGAGUCCUCUGAUUCCAGGCCCAUCUUUGGCGCACGUCUCAGUCCACUAGAGUUUAAACCAAAAGCUCCAGCAUCUCCUGCCACAGAAGAGGAUCCCUGCCCUUCCUUUCCAAAACCCCCAGUGGACCCCGCGAAGAUUAGAAGGAUAAGCAGUGCCCGGGAGCGCUUACUCAGGGCGGCCUCACAGGGGGCUCUUCUGCCAGACAGGACACUUCCUUCUGCUCAGCCAAAGAAGAGAGUGGAAUCCAAAGAAAUAGUUACGAUGGGGGACUCUAUGGUGAAAAUACAUGGGAUUUAUUUAACAGAAUCAAAUGCCAUUGGCCACGUGAGUCACCCACUUCGGCUAACGUAUGACGGAGACUUCGGUGAAAUCAAGGAGCAAGAAAUUUUCAAAGGGGAAACAUCCUUGCCAUCUCGUCUCAGAAGUGGAGGGGGCCAGGGGAAGAGGCGUUCAAGGGCCUCCUUAUGCUCCCGAAGCUCAGACCGGAGCAGGCUAGACGCCAAAACAGACUCAAAACUUGACUUGCAAGAAAAGGAUACAGAAAUAGAAGUAGGUGAAGUCUUUUGGAAUACAAGGAUCGUACCGAUUUUGCGUGAAUUAGAAAAAGAAGAAAACAUUGAAACGGUUUGUGCUGCUUGCACACAACUUCAUCACGCUUUAGAGGAAGGAAACAUGCUUGGAAGUAAAUUUAAGAGAAGAAGUAUUCUCCUGAAGACCCUAUAUAAUCUAGUUGAUGUUGGCUCAGACUUGCUGAGCCUUAAACUUGCAAAAAUUAUUCUAGCACUUAAAGUGAGUGGAAAGAAUCUUCUUAAUGUCUGCAAGCUUAUAUUUAAAAUUAGCAGGAGUGAGAAGAAUGAUUCUCUGAUUCAAAAUGACGGCAUUCUGGAAUCAUUAUUGGAGGUCCUGAGAAGUGAAGAGCUGCAAGCUAACACCGAAGCUUUUUUGUACUGCAUGGGGGUGAUCAAAUUCAUUUCUGGAAAUCCAGGAUUUCUUCAUGAAAUGAUUGGCAAAGGUGCUGUUGAAACAUUGAUGAAUUUGAUGAUGCAAAUAAACGAAAACACCAAGAAAUCUGGGACAUGUUUGCCUAAUUCAGGCCACUUGUUAGUCCAAAUGACUGCUACGCUGAGAAACUUGGUUGACUCACCACUAGCAAGAAGUAAGUUGCUAAGCAUCAGUGCCCUUCCCCAGCUCUGCACGGUGAUGGGACAGUACAUAGGUGACAAGGAGGUCUGCACCAAUGUUGCCAGAAUAUUCAGCAAAGUUACUACUUAUCAUGACUGCUGUGUAGCCUUGGCCAACUACUCCAGAUGUUAUGCCUUGUUUUUGAAUCUGAUAAACAAAUACCAGAAGAAGCAGGAUUUAGUUGUUCGUAUUGUUUUUAUCCUUGGCAACCUGACAGCGAAAAAUAACCAGGCUCGUGAGCAGUUUUCCAAAGAGAAAGGGAGCAUCCCAACUCUGCUGUCUUUAUUCCAUACAUUCUACGAACUGGAUCUGCAUUCCCAGAAGCCCCUGGGGAAAGGAGAAGAGGGGCCCAAGGCGCCGAGGCCGGCCCAGGCGGAGGACGUGCUCAUCAAGCUGACCCGCGUGCUCGCCAACCUGGCCAUCCACCCGCGCGUGGGCCCAGCCAUCGCCGCCCACCCGCGCAUCGUGGGCCUGCUCCUCGCCAUGCUGGAAUCUAAGUCCAUUGAUGAUUGUGAGGAGCUGGUGAUCAAUACUACGGCAACGGUCAACAACUUAUCUUACUACCAAGUGAAGAAUUCCAUAAUUCAAGACAAAAAGCUAUAUAUUGCUGAAUUGCUCUUAAAGCUCCUUGUGAGUCACAACAUGGAUGGAAUCCUGGCGGCUGUGCGCGUUUUUGGAAAUCUCUCCCAGGACCAUGACAUCUGUGAUUUCAUUGUGCAGAAAAAUGUUCACAAGUUCAUGAUUGCUCUGCUGGAUGCUAAGCAUCAGGAUAUUUGCUUUUCUGCCUGUGGUGUUCUUCUAAAUCUCACCGUGGAUAAAGACAAGCGUGUCAUCCUAAAAGAAGGAGGUGGCAUUAAAAAGUUAGUGGAUUGUUUAAGGGAUUUUGGUCCCACUGAUUGGCAGCUGGCCUGCUUGGUGUGCAAAACUUUAUGGAACUUCAGUGAAAAUAUCACCAGUGCUUCGUCAUGUUUUGGAGAUGAGGCCGCCAACACACUCUUAGUCCUGCUCUCAUCGUUUUUAGAUGAAGAACUAGCACUGAAUGGGAGUUUUGACCAAGACCUAAAAAGCUAUCACAAACUCCAUUGGGAAACAGAAUUCAAACCGGUGGCACAGCAGCUUCUAAACCGAAUUCAGAGUCAUCACACCUUCCUGGAACCCCUGCCUGUUCCUUCUUUCUAACAUGACGCAGAUUAACAACAGAAACAGGAAGUCAGGUCUCCUUCAUUCUUAAGAAGUGGCAACAUAUGUGAACUUUUUUUUCAGUAUUAACAAAUAUUGAAAGUUUUUCAGGAGCUUCCUGUUCCAAUUUCUAUUUUAUUCCUGGUUGUACUCUCUUGGAUCUCCUGCACCUGCCUACAGAACUGUAG